AUGGCAUCAUGGGACUCAUUUUCGGCGUUUAGUGGAAAGUUGAACCCAUCUCUGCUGAAGCCUGCUCUAGACUCAGUUGGCAAUGUCGAUUACCCAGCCGCGGUUCGAAGAUUCAGUCAGUGGAUCCGCGACUUACGACAAUCUCCAGCGGACUAUGGCAUUCCACUUGAACGGAUCAACGAUGUGCAGAAGGUACUGGACGUAUUCUUACCAGUGCCAGCUGAAGGUCAGCCAGUUCAGCCACGCCGAAUCAACUCUCGCCAAGGGUUUCCUGCGUCCCUGCGGCAGAUAGUCCCCGUUGAAGUUCAGUUCGGACCCCAGAACGCAACUCUUCCCAUCGUCGAUGCUCCUAGUGCACUGGGCUACGUCUUCAGCUUUGCGACGCCAGCUCCAGGGGCUGAGAAAUUAACAUUCGAUGGCUAUUAUCUUCCACUUAGCGUAUGCUAUGCGUGGUUUCUCUACUUAGCGUUUCUAUGGCCUGUCUCCUCUCUUACGCCAGUUAUCACGAAUGUCCCGCGCGAAGCAUGUCUGCUUUACUUGCCCAAGUCACUCCAGACUACGGUACCAGUGUUUUGCUUCGGCGCGGUAUGGUCUGGCGCUGACCCAGCCAACGCAGAAGGCGCUGGUCUGAUCUGGGAUGAUGAAGCUCAAAUGGAUCUGUGGCGACAGGAACACUUGAUCAUACCCUUGUUCUCUCGCAACCCUACUGUGCCCAUGCCAGACUGGACACCGACAGUUAGACGUACAGCAGCGAGGCUUCUUAAUGAGUACAUCCUUGGAAAGAAGGGCAGCGACUCAACGGUGACCCCAUUCCUUGACCCGCUCUUUACUGGCGUCCUGCCGAAGCUGCCGGGACUUGGAGCCAACGCUGGCCUCGCAGAAUAUCUUGAAGCUGUAUCGCUACUCGUAAAGGUGGACGCUAAGCAGCCCCUGGGAGUCAGCACAGCUCCAGAUUUCCUCAUUGCUCAUUCUAAGCUGAGUUCUCAACUGAUGUGUCUUUUGUAUGCUCUCGUAGACUCGUUAACCAACGUGGAAGAUAUACCGAAGCUCUUUCAAGACAUCCAACCUCUCGUGCGCUUCUAUGUCACGCCGCAUGUAUUCGACCCGAUAACAGACCAGGAGCUACCGCUCGGGGAACAAUCACGUCCAGUUGUCGAGACAUUGAUGACAGCCCUUCCUGCAUUGGUACUUGAGCCCAUGAGGAAAAAGCUGAAGAGCCUAUACUGCCAUUUGUACUCUCUGUAUGAGAGCACCGACGACCAGAUUCGCUACGUUGAAAGGUCUUAUUUUAUUGACCAGCGCAAGUCUUACGCACGUGCGACGGAGGCAUUGCCUAUCUUUGUGCUUUCAUCUGCAUCUAGAAUUAAGUUAGAUCUUAGCGCUGAGAACAGUUAA